AAAGGAGAAGUGCUCUAUCUGAGACUCAUUCCUGCAGGUAUGAGCUUUGUUUCACUGGAGAAAAGAUGGUCAAAGCUACUAUGGCUUCUCAAAUGCAUGAAGCUGAAACAGAGAAAUCCCAAAAUCACCACUCACAUUCUGUGAAUGGAGAGAGAAAUGACGCUGAAAAUACUGUGAUCGAUGUGUUUCGGUGGUCUCGAUGUAAGAAGCCUCUUCCCCAGAAAGUUAUGCGUUCGGUUGGAAUUCCUCUGCCCCCUGAAUAUCUGGAGGUAUUGGAGGAGAAUCUGGACUGGGAGGAUGUGCAGUGGUCACAAACUGGGGCUUGGAUAGCUGGAAAAGAAUACUUGUUUGCUCGGGCUCACUUAUGUUGAGAACUUACAUCUUUUGGAAUGUAAUAUUGAAGAACCACUUCACAUCAUCGGCCACACCAGCGAAACUUGUGAAUCGAAAUCAAAAUCCUCUUAGUCAUGCAAGAAGAAUACUAGUUAGGCUAGCGAUCCUGGAAUUUGAAAAUUAAUUUAUCUUUCGAAAGAUACAUAUGCUAU